AUGCAAAGUAUAGGUCAUGCAGAUCAUCUGCAGAGUAAUGUAAUGAAUAGCUGUGGGAACUCUAAUAUUAGCACCAGGCUACGCGGAUCUAAGUGUUCGGAGAUACAAGAAGAAUCUAUCAGUAAUAAUCGACCUAGUGUGCUGGAAAAAGGAGAUGUCAAUGUCUUAAGUGGAUAUAACUCAAAUGAUUUUAAUGCUCCAAGAGGUACUUUGGUCAUUUGUCAAAGAAGUACAAAUAACUAUUCCUCUGAACAUAGCUUCUCCAGAUUUAAACCAAGAAUUGGUGGUAUACCACGCAAUGAAUUUCGAAUGGCUCGAGGGGGUAGUUCUGGAGAUCGUACCAGAGGUGCUUUACGGGGUAGAGCUUUUAAGAAGACACCUAUUGAACGUGACUCUAAUACAGAAACUAGCUACUAUACUACAACUAGAUCCAAAUUUCAAGAAUCGCUGAAAAAUCAAGAAAAUGUACAAGGAAAAUAUUAUGACGACAAAAGAAUAAAUGAAGAUUCUAGGAUCUCUAAACUUUUAAGAAGAUUGUGUAGAGAAGAUGAUUAUGAUCAUUUUAUGGUGUUAUGCAAACAAGCACAAGAAGGUAUAAUAGCACUUGAAAAUCAAAGAUACAUAAGACGAAAUUUAGAUGUCAUUUGUGAAGGUUUGUUGGAUAUUUUACAUACUGGUCCUGGACUAGAAGCAAAACAGCAAGUUGCAAAAUGUUUAGGGCGUGUUGGAUAUGCAUCUGAACAAGAUUUUAAGAGAUACAUGGAUUGGGUCUUCAAUAAAUAUUCAUUGGAACGGAAAGACGAUAUAAAGUGCCUUUUAAUCAAAUCAUUUGUUGAAGCUUUUAAAUUAGAUACAGAGGCACCGAGAUUAAAAGAAUUUUCAGUGCUAAUGAUGUCACAAUUACAAUCAACACUUGAAAAUGUUGAUCGAUCAGACUUAUUGGUAGCAACUGUGGAUGCAAUAUUACUGAUCAUGGAAUCUUAUCCUGAAACAUUUUCAAAUCAUUUUCGUGAUACGGUUGAUAUAUUAGUUGGCUGGCAUAUCGAUUCAACUCAGCAAAAAACGAUUGCAACUUAUGCUAGUCAUAGUUUGCAGAGAUUGCGAAAUUUUUGGAUAGCAGAUUUACAAUUUACUUUGACCUUACUGGGGCAAUUUUUAGAAGACAUGGAGAGUUAUGACGAAGAAUUGUCUUUACCAGAGUCUGGUAGAAGUUCUCCUGGAGAUGAAGUAUCACCAACACCUAAAGAAUGUAUUCGACGGAUUACAUCUCUGAUUUCGGUAUUCAAUACAGUUACGAAAAGUAUAUCUGAGCAUUUGAAUCCUAAUCUCACACCAAAUGUUCAAUGGUCGUUUUUAUCUGAUUGUUUAUCAAAAAUGCUGAAAACAGUCGUCAAAGCAAUUGAAUUGGAUGAUAAUAAUGAAAUUUCAAAUUUGGAUUUUACCCUUACACCGGAGUGUGUUGAUGAAUUAUUAAAAUGUAUUAAAAAUGUCGGUGUUAUUCCACCAAAAAAUUCCAGUAAAUCGGAACUAAUCGAAGACGAUGUCAUUAAUAUGUUUAAAUCUUUGGAUUUGAAUAAAAAUGAAUUAAAAAAUUUAAAGCAAAAUAUCGAAAAAGAAACUUCGUUAAAAGAGAAAGAACCAUUGUUAAAUAUUAUACGAUGGAUGGAACUAAAAACCAAGAAAGAUUUAGAUCUAACUGAGGAAAAAGAGGAAUUGAUUGUUGUUGCAAAUGAAUGCACAUUUUUAUUGUUAGGUCAUCUUCAGAGUCGUAUAACAAAGAAUCACGAGUUACUUUAUAAGUUCAUUGAUCUUCAAUUAAAAAGAAUCAAUAUUUUUUGGGAUGAUACAAUAAUUUCUAUGUUGAAUACUAUAUCAAAAAUAAUAAAAGAAGUGUCUGCAAACUUGCCACUGGAAUUGGUACACAAAUUACUUGGAAAGGACUCCGCGUUACUUAAAUUGAGAUUCUGGGAUUCGAUUUCUAUUCAAAACGCUAGUCUCGGAGUAUAUCAUAGUCUUCUCAGCCUUAAAAAUAUUCCAUUAUUACAAGAAUCCUACCGCUACAUACUGUCGGAUUUGGAGAUUGCUUAUAAGCUUAUUUUAACAGAUAUUGAAAGUUUAGUAGCAGAUAAUCCAUUACUCGAUGGUAUUAAUUAUAAAAAAACUGAUGCAGAAAUUGUAGUUACUUUUUUGCUGAGAGCUCUUUCUGAUAUAGCGAAUGCAAGCAAUUCAAUUAUUGGUAUGUGGGCAUUAAAACCGAGCAUUUUGGAACUGCUAGCAGUCAAGUUAAAACCUUAUGACAACAGUUUAUCAUCAACUAGUCCGAUUUUGCAAUAUAGUAUUUUGUAUUUACUAUACGCGCAUUGUUCUAGGUAUAAUCAUUUUGUGCCAAGUUCAAGUUUAAUAACUGGAACUACUACUUGUCGUCCAAUAGAUAUGUUUCCAGGAGCACUAGAUGUUCCAACUACAUCACCUACUAGUGGUCAUCUCUCUAUAAUUCUAAACUUGAUAGCUAAAAGUUACAAUGAAUACACGCAGGAGCAAACGUUAUUGCUUCUAUCAACGUGGAUGCAAGAAAUUUGUAUACAGGCAGAAAACUACAUCGGUAUUUUAAGUAAAACAAAAGAGUACGAAAACGUUCUUACUAGCUUGAUUGCUUGUGGAGCUACUAUUGAUCGCGAUAUUUCUAUUGCCAUUUGCAAUCUCUUCGAAAUUUUGAUGAGUGCAAAGAAUGUCACUUGGAAAGAAGAAAUGUAUGCGUCUGUUGUGGACUUGGUGAUGUUACAUUUAACUUCGCGAGAUGAAAUUGUACGGGAAAAGUAUGGUUCAUUAUUAACACAAAUGCCUUUAAAUAUAGUAAUACCAAAACUAAAUAGAGAGUACUUGUUAUCAGAAACAAAGAAAUAUCAGGGAAUUAAAAAUUACUCAACCGAAUCUUUAAUCUUUGCUCAAAGAUUACAUAUGCGAGGAACGAAUAAUGGAGAAAUGCAAACACAACAUUUCAAAACUUAUAUGGCAUUUUUGUUGCAAGAGCAAUACUUGGAUGCAUCUGAAUUAUCAGAAAUAUUUACUUUAUGUUGGCCAAUCGUAUCUGAAAGUGAAACUACUAAGAAAAUGUAUCGUUUAGCAUUAACAAAUCGAUCCUUUUUGUAUUUUUGGGCUGGUUUUGAAGCAGCUCAACAUUGUGUGACGAAUAAGCUUCGUACUUCAUUAGGAAAACCACAAGAAACAUUUACAUCGAUUGAAAGUGCUCUGAAAACAUUAGCACGCGAAAUAUCAUAUAGCUAUGAUGCAACAAAAAAAGAAAAACGAAAUUUGGAUCAUUUACUAAGCGAACAUACGCGUGUGCGAUUAUUUAUUGAAUUUCUCGAACAUCUUGAAAGAGUAAUACAUAAUGCGGCAGAAGGUUGUGCAAUUGCUUUAUUACCAUUAUCAAAACCAGUUAGAACUUUUUUUCAUACUAAUAAAUCAACUUGUAAAGAAUGGUUGAAUCGUAUUAGACUGGCAUUAUGUGUAGUGUCAUUACAUUCUGGACUAGCUAGCAGUGCUUUGAGAAAUAGUCAGAGAUUAUUAGACGACUUAAGUAGCAGUGAUAAUACACAAGGUAUUGAAUUUGAAAGAGCUACUCUCUGUACAGCACAAGCUAUGGUAAUGCUAGGAGAAGCGGAAGCGUUACAGGGAUUAUAUGUUUAUACGAAGGAAAAAGAAAGAAAAUUUCCGUGGUUGAAAGCUGCUAUGGAGGAAGCUGCAAAUCGCUAUGAAUCUGCUACCGAAGCAUAUAAAUCGAUUAUCGAGGAAUAUAUGCGUGUUGCAAAUAGUCGAUGUGGGAAAGAUAUAGAGCAAGAAGAAGAGGGAGAUGAUGUUGCCGAUGGCAGUAAUGUGGCUUGUAUUGAUGGCACUAGCGGAAGUGAGGAAGUUGUCUCUGAUGGAAAAAGCAAGUGUUUUAAAUCUGAAGGAGAUAAUCAAGUACUCAGUUUUUGUAUGCAACGAUUAUGUCAUUGUUAUGAAGCCGUUAGUGAUUGGUCUCGAUUAGAGGCUUGGAAACAGCAAGAGGCCGAGAUUUUUGUGCGAGAUAAAAAUGUUUUCAAAAAACAAUUAUUAAUGGAAAAUAGCGCCUCUUGUCAAAAAGCAAAAUGUUUAAAAAAAUUUGAAGGUGGUGAAAGCAUAUGUCUAGAUGAUCUAAGUGAUUGGAAUCUGUUGGAUAGUGGAAUCAGCAAAACAGGAAAUUGGAGUUGUACAAAAACAUUGGUCGAAUGUGGUAAUACAUUAACCAAUAUUGCACUUAGGAUUCAUAUAAACGAUUAUAAAGAUCAUUUUGAGGAAGAAAUUGAACGAUGUCGGCGAGUGGCAGCUAAAACUAUGGAAGAAGGUCUAAGAAAUGUACCUUCAGAAUGUUUAAACGAAUCUAUAUUAGUACGAUUUUCAGCAGAUGGAUUAAAAGGUAUUCUAUCUGGUAAAGAAGAAAACGUUUACGAAUUGUAUAAGAGCGAAAAACUUGAUCAUAUGGAUUCAAAUGUGUUAACACGAACUUUGUGGUGGUCAGACUAUUUCGGCAGAGCAAGGAAGAACAACAGUCUUGAAAUACGAUUAGAUAACGAUGAAGUUGCUGAUUUACGAUUACAUAUUGUCCGAACUGCUAGAAAAGAAGGUAAUUUCGAGUUAGCAAAACGCGAACUUCUUAAUUAUUUAAGAUCUGAACGAGAACUUUGUCGAUUUGAUGGAGGUGAACGAAAUUAUAUUAAUCCUGAUUUCGACCAAGCAACUGAUGAUGUUCUGAAGAACGUAAUGCAUGUAAAAUGGUCGAAGAAUAAUAUACGCGCAUUUCGUGAAUUUUCAAAGUUGUUAUAUGAUAUGGAACAAGUCAAUAAAGCAUUGAAAGUGUGUAGUGCAACUGCGCUUGGAAUAUCUCGAACUAUCGUUGAUGGAGAACAGUCGACUGACUUACGUGAAAACGGAACAAUUCUUCUUCUAACUCUUGGUAAAUGGAUACAACAAGAAGCUGGCAGCAUCGAAAAUGGCCAGUUGGAAAAAUUACUCGAAUUCGAAGCUGCUCAUAACGAUGGCUUGAUGAACAAGCUAUUCGGACCAACUGCGAGUUCAAUACCUGUUUCAGAUAUGAUAAUCGGUAGAUUAACACAACUUGGUGUAAAUCAAUGCCCAGAUUUACCGCUUGCAUGGUGUAGCUUCGCAAGUUGGUGUUAUAAAUGGGGAAGAAAGAUCGUGGAUAAUUCUAAUUCAGGACAAUUGACUGAUGCAGAUAGAGCAACCAUUAGAGAUUUACUACCAUUUGAUACAAGUGGAUCUGACUUGAAUACUAUUUUUUCGAUUUUGUCUCAAAGCAAAGCAAUUCCUGAAGACGAAGGUGAAAUAACGGACACUUCCAAUAAUAUUAAUACCUCAGAUAUGAUAGAGAAUCAAUUACGUAGCGUUUCAAUAUUAAGUCGUGCCAGUGCCGACCAUAUCGCAAUGCUGAUCGAUAUUUGGAGACAAGCACAGAAAAGGAUUUACUCAUAUUAUGAGCUUUCCGCGAACGCAUACUUCAAGUACUUGCAACUUGCCGCAAUUAAAGAAGCUAACGAUUGUGCUACUAUCACAGCUACUCUCAGAUUACUACGACUGGUCGUAAAACACGCUCUCGAAUUACAAAAUGUUUUAGAGUCUGGACUUUCUUCGACUCCUACUGCUCCAUGGAAGGAGAUAAUACCACAACUGUUUUCGAGACUCAGUCAUCCCGAGUCUUACGUUCGGACUCGAGUGUCUGAAUUGUUGUGUAGAGUUGCAGAGAAUUCUCCACAUUUGAUCACAUUUCCAGCUGUGGUUGGAGCGGUUUCUUGGUUUUCACGGUUUUAUGGGUGGCUUGUUCAAAAGAAAACUUCUGAUAAAGUUCUUUAUGAGAAAGCGGAAACUGAUUUGUCGCAGAACGAUUUAGAUCUUAUCGAAGAAGAAGAGAUACGUGUUGAAAGUCCUGCUACAGCUUACCAAAAUAAACAAGAAAAAUUCAUAGACUGUUUUUUUUUGCAAUUGGUAGGUUGUCUGUCAAACAAAAUUCAGGAUUCUAUCGAACAAGUGCAAUUACUCGUUUACGAGUUGCAUAGGAUUACAUUACUCUGGGAUGAGUUAUGGUUGACAACUUUAUGUCAGCAUCAUACUGAAAUUUCUAAGCGAUUUGAACAAUUAGAAAUGGAAGUGCAAAAAGUACAAGAUAAUGCUUGGUUAAAUAUUGAAGAAAAGGAUAAGUUGAUUGCAGAAAAGCAUCGAAUUAUAUUGAAACCAAUAGUUUUCAUAUUAGAAAACCUUUUGUCUAUAAUUUCUGUUCCAGCCGAAACACCACAUGAGGAAAAUUUUCAGGAGAAAUUUGGACCUUUAAUAGAAGAAGCGAUUAGUAAAUUAAACAAUCCUAAGAAUCCUGCAAAGCCACAAAUAGCAAAUAUGUGUUUAAAACAACUGGAAGGUAAAUUAGCUCAGCGGGUGCACAGACGAGCUGCAUAUUCCCUUUCUAUGAAUGAUAUCAGUCCAGUGUUAGCUAAUUUGCGAAAUACAUGUAUUGCCAUGCCAGGUGUUGCUGCAAAUGAUAAUAAAAUAGUUACUAUAGAAUCUGUAGAUAAUAAUGUUCAAAUAUUACCAAGUAAGACAAAACCUAAGAAGCUCAUGUUCCAUGGUUCUGAUGGACAUGUUUACACUUAUUUAUUUAAAGGUUUGGAAGAUCUUCAUUUGGAUGAAAGAAUUAUGCAAUUCUUAAAUAUAUGUAACACAAUGAUGUUAAAGAAAGGUGAUUCGAAAAAAGUUUAUAGAGCGCGUCAUUAUUCAGUUAUACCAUUAGGUUCACGAUGUGGUUUAAUACAGUGGGUCGAUGGCGUGACACCCUUAUUCAUUUUGUAUAAAAGAUGGCAACAGAGAGAAAGCGCAAUGCUUAAUAAAACUGGUAGUUCGGCAAUAUUAAGACCUUCUGAGCUAUUUUAUAAUAAAUUAACUCCGCUUUUGAAAGAGCGAGGAAUAGGUUUGGAAAACAGGAAAGAAUGGCCUAUCCAAGUAUUGAAACAAGUUUUAGCAGAAUUAAUGGCUGAGACGCCCAAAGACUUAUUAGCAAAAGAAAUUUGGUGUAAUAGUAUAAAUGCUGGAAGUUGGUGGCAAGCGACGAAAAAUUAUUCUUAUUCGGUAGCCGUGAUGUCUAUUAUCGGUUAUAUUAUUGGGCUCGGUGAUAGACAUUUGGAUAAUGUGCUAGUUGAUCUAAAUACAGGCGAGGUUGUUCAUAUUGACUACAAUGUUUGCUUUGAGAAAGGCAAAACUUUACGCGUUCCAGAAAAAGUGCCAUUUAGAAUGACUCCAAACAUCAGAACAGCGCUAGGAGUAACCGGAGUCGAGGGUAUAUUUCGUUUAGCUUGCGAACAUACACUUCGAGUAAUGCGCCGAGGGCGAGAAACUUUAUUGACUUUGCUCGAAGCGUUUAUAUACGAUCCGCUAGUCGAUUGGCGAACUGGCGCAGAUAAUAGUAUCGCGAGUUAUGGAAUUGAAAGGAAGCAAUUGGAACAGGAACUGACACGAGCAAUGUUUGCUGUUCGAACGGCAGAAAUGCGUGCUGAAUGGUUAGCAAACAGAGAUGAGUUGAUGAAAAUUUUUCCAUUAUUGUGCCAUCAUUUGAAUUGUUGGGUGGAAGCAACAGAUAUCACACGUCAAUGUCAAGACUUAUUACAAGAUAGACAUCAACAACUUGCUUUAGUUAAGGAAGCACAAGCAAUGGGACGUAAUCAUCCAUUAUAUUCUGUAAUAAAGCGUUACAAUUCUUUUAAAAGAGCACGAGAUGCUCAUGAGAAAGCAAAAGCUGGAUUAAAAGAAAAAAUCGAAGAUUGUGAAAAACAAAUCAACAUGCAUAAUAUGGCACUUACAGCUGUACGGGGUCCGCAAUUAGGUCAAUGGUUGACAGAAUUAGGAACUUCUACAAAUCAAGAGGAUCAUGUAGUUUUUGAUCUCGUCAAAGAAUUUUUACAGAAUGCUGGUCAAAGUCAAAUGAUUGUUCAAUGUGAACAAUCAGAAAAUGAAUUGACUCAAUUAGCUACACAACAAUCUAUUCUAAUACGCAAUUGUUUGGAUUUAUUGAGUCAAUAUUCGGCGAUUUGCAGCCUUUAUCCUCUAAGUAAUAUGUCACAACAUCGUACAGUGCUUUAUCAUGGCUGGGCUAAUAAGCUCUUGAACACUGGAAGCGUCGAAACUUGUCGCGAAGUUAUGAUGCAAUUUGAGAACACCUUUGAUCCAAUCAAAAGCUCCAAUAAUCAGCAAGUUCAACAGAUAAUAACAUUUUCUUAUCAGAUGCAAACGAUUUUGAACGAAGCUAACGAGAGAUUAAAGAAAGCAUAUGAAAGAAUGGUUUCAGAAGGUUUACCGGAAUCUCUAAUUAGAAUAGAAAAAACAUAUGGAGAAUCGAGAGUACAAAUACAAAGCUUUCUGAGACGAGAAAAAGGAGCAGAAAAAGCACUUGAGUGUGUUAACAUAACGGCACUUUGUGCUUUGAAUAAAAGAUAUUUGAUGAUGGAAGGUGCUGCCAAAUGUGCAGGAGACUGUUUAGUUGAUCUUACUUCUAGGGAAGGAGACUGGUUUUUAGAUGAAAUGCGUUUGAUGUCAUCAUUAAUUGCUGAAUUAGUUAGCCUGAUACCCGAAUGCCAUAAAACAAACAAUGAUCACAAGAUAUCUGUUAUAUUAAAAUGUUUAAGAGGAUCUGAUAGUAUUUAUAAAGGAUUGCAAGAGCUUAAUUAUAAUUUCCACACCAUUAUUUUGCCUGAAGCGAUGAAAACGAUCAUAACAGAGGAGCCAACUGUGAUUAGGAUGAUAGGAGAAUUAACCGAAAUAAUUGUAUUAUCGGGUAUACCACUCGGUGAUAUCUUAGGUCAGUUGGAAAUGCAUCUCAGAUUUACUGUUAUGGAGAUGGAAAGCCCACAUGCGAUGAUACAAAGCAUUGUUAAUAAUAUGAGGUUAAGAUUUGAAGCAUUGUUGUCUCGACCUGCCGAAAUUCAGGAACCAAAUCAAGACGAGACAUUGACUCCUGGCCAAAUGCUUUUAAUGGGGUUCAAUGGUUUGUUUGAAAAACUACAAAUGGAAGGUAACGCUCUGAUUGCUACUUUAAGUACACUCGAUAUUCCACCAUCCUGGAGAAAAAUCGAUCAGAUUCGAGAAGCCAAAGAAAUGUCUGCUCCUAUAUUUAAUAAAACAGCUUGUCAAGUUUUAGAGGAUAUAUUUUUAGUUAAACGUUUACACACCAUACAAGAAUUUUUUAUGAUGUGCAGAGAUAUUGCAACUGCAUUCAAGGGCGGGUUAGCAAACAUUUACGAUGACGAGAGACUUAACAAACCAAUAAGAAUCUUUACAGCGGAUUAUGUGUCAAGACAAUUACUCGGUGUUACUUCCCAAACAUUAGCUAUUGCAUUAUGCUUUUUACUACAGAGAAUGGGAUUAAGCGUUACUACUGAAAUCGAACAAAGAGAUAUUGGAGCUGAGAGUAAAGUUUCAAUAGAAGAAUUGUGUAGAAAGGUUGUUGAUCUCUGUUUAAAGAGAGGUCUUUUUUCUGGAUCUGUUCUUGCUCAAGCCAGUGCACUUAGUAGUACUCUCGAAAGCGCUUGGCGAAGAAAGCAGAGUACAAGAUUUGCACAACAAUGUACCGAGGUAGCUAGAGCUAGCAUGCAAAGACUUCAACUACAACUAACAGCUCAUCACUGGUUACAUGAAGACAGUUUUUUGAUAAGGUCAAAUGUUAAUGUAAUGAAUCCUUUGAAUCGUUCUGUAUUUAUGUUAGAACUCCGAAAAACGGCAGCAGCACUCUCUACUUUACAAUCUCGAGUAUGUGAAGCUCGAGAGCAACAACAAAAUCUUGUUUCCAGUGCAGUACAACGAUUGAAAUGGGCUGCCGGAGCGAAUCCUGCUCUUGGAGAAGUUAUGUCCGCAUUUGAUAAUGCGGUACUCUCAUCUUGCGAAAAGUUAACUCGGCAGCAUAAUCUUGCGACUAGUGUUAUCAAUACCUGUAACUCUAUCUUACAUUACGAGGCUUUAAGAACCAGAACAUCUGAAAGUAUGACACAUGAUACAAAUUUUGUUAAAUUGAUUAAGCAUUGGGAAGAGAGUUGUAUCCUGACGAUAAAUCUAAAUAUAACUGUAACCGCGAUUGAAGAGAGCCUAGUUGAAUUGUUACAUAUGGAAAGCAAUGUCGAUAUAAAUUGGCUAAAACAGGCUGAGAGAUUUAUCUCUGAAGCAAUAUUAGAUGUUCAAAAGAAAUUGCAGGAAAAACAAGAAAGUUUGCUUUCUGCUCAAGAACGUUUAAGAGAACAAGUAUCAAACUUGCAAAGUGUGUUAACCGAACAUUAUAGAUUGAUGUCAGAUGUUCGAAUUUUAUUACGAACUAUGGUGAAACAAGAGAACAUUGAUGGCCUACAAGAGUUUCUUUCUUCGUAUCGGUCUUUCACUGAAAGCAUAUCGGCGAUUGUAAAGGAACUUGAAUCUGAUAAUUUAGAUGCAAAUAGAGGAAUAACGAUUAAUGAAGAAUUGGAAAAUAUGGCGACUGUAGCACCAAAUUUGUAUAAUGAGUUGUUAGAGUUUGCCAAUGAAAAGAAAAUGAAUUCAGUAAAGAUGUCUGAGAAACAAAAAGAGAUAGAUAAGGAAAAAGAGAAAGAACGAGAAAGAGAAAGUGAAACCGAAACUUCGAUAGUCAGCUCGAUAAAGAAAAAAGGAAAAUUAAUGAGGCAAGAGGGUGUGUGUUACAGUCCAAGAAAAGGAAUUCCACCGACCAGAGAUCCAACUACAGGCAAAGCUGUUCAGGAGCGGAACGCGUAUGCGUUAAAUGUUUGGCAUCGUGUACGAAUGAAGCUAGAAGGAUGCGAUCCUCAACCAACAAGGAAGUAUACAACGGCUGAACAAGUGGAAUAUGUGAUACGCGAAGCUCAAAGCACUGACAAUUUAGCCCUUUUGUACGAGGGUUGGACACCAUGGGUUUGAACGAAAAAAGAUUGACGCAGUCGCGUCGAUGGUUUAAUGCUCGUUACACACUCGGUACUCGAGUUCGUACCGUUCUUCGCUCUGUGCUCGACGGGGCUAGCUCUCUGUCCGACCAGGUGUGAAGUACAUCUUCGUUGUCACCUGGAAGAGAAAGUUCAUGUCCGUAAGGAUGCCGUUUAAGUUCGGCAAUGCGAACUUGCAUACAAAGAAAUUCCUGCGCGAUCCAUGAUCGAACUUCGAUUCUGGCACCGAUUCUAUGAUUAUCUCAGAAAUCUCUCAUUAACAAUGUGUACCGUGCGAUCUACCAAGGUUUCUUCUUAUAUAUUUUCCGUUUAUAUAACUUUUACCUACCUUUCAUCGUAAAGCAAUUUGUCCGGUCACAGUGGGUUGACGUACAAUAGUGGAGAAACAAAAAGGAAAAAAGGUAGAAUUAAAAGAAACUCAAAACAACAGAGAAUGCUUCGACAAGCAGGUUCAAAUUUCAAGGUAGAAAAAUAUACACCGACGUACAAUUAAAUCAAUCAGCAAUUUUGUCACUUAUAUUGUUUGUGUGCUUAAAUGUCGAUGUUAGAUUUGGGAAAAGCAUAGAAUCUGUCACAUCUUUGAAAUAAUAAAAAACAGCAGAAAGUUUUGAUAAUGAUCAGGAGGAGCUCGAUGACGAUUAACGCGUCGAUGGUGACACGUUAACUGCCACAGACAUUUGUUUGGAAUAAGAGCCCUUUUUUAAUGACUUACCUAUCAUUUCUUUAUUUUAGUAUACUGAUUGGUUGAAUUCUAUAGUUGUAAAUUAAUAUCGAAAGGACAUAUAUAAUGUUUGUGAAUGAUCAAAGAUUCAUUUAGAAAUUUAAAACGGGACCAAGAACGAUAUGUCACUGUCGAGUCGCGUAUAAAGAAAUCAAGAUUCAUUAUCGAGAUACUAUAUGAAAAAUAAAACGUGUUUUACGUGUUCGUAUUCGCUACUCGAUAUUAAUGUAAAUCAUCAUGA